UAUAUAGAGAGCUCUUCAUCACUUCUCUCCUCUCUCCCCACCUACCCCCUCCCUCCCCCCCAAAUCAAGAAACAAGAAAAUGGGAAGACCUCCAUGUUGUGAUAAAGUUGGUAUCAAGAAAGGCCCAUGGACUCCUGAGGAAGAUAUCAUUUUGGUCUCCUAUAUUCAAGAACAUGGCCCCGGAAACUGGAGGGCGGUACCGACAAACACCGGGUUGAUGAGGUGCAGCAAGAGUUGCAGGCUCAGGUGGACUAAUUACCUGAGACCUGGGAUCAAGAGGGGAAACUUCACCCCACAUGAAGAAGGGAUGAUCAUCCAUCUCCAAGCUUUGUUGGGCAACAAAUGGGCUGCUAUAGCAACAUACCUCCCACAAAGAACAGACAAUGACAUCAAGAACUAUUGGAACACUCACUUGAAGAAGAAGCUCAAGAAGUUGCAAUCAGGUAGUUUGCAACCCCAGACAGCAUCUGAUUCAACAGCCCAUUACCAUCAGUUCUUGUCCAAGAGCUACGGUGAUCAGAGGGCCAUGAAUGAGAACAGCAAGCACCAAUCAGGCCACGGCAUGCUGAGUGAAAAUUCGUCGGUCUACGCCUCCAGCGCUGAGAACAUAUCAAGACUCCUGGAGGGGUGGAUGAGAUCAUCCCCUAACACUGCUAACACUUCCUACAUGAACGAAAAUCGCGACAGAUUCUAUCGCGAUUUUGGGAAAAUCGUUCCGUCUGAGCUAUGCAACGAUGGCUCCGGCUCAUCGGUACAGUGCUACAGGCCACAGCAGCUUGAUCAGCAUGACGGUGCAAAUGGGAUUAAUCCAGCUGAUCAUGACUUGGAGUGCAUCUUGUCUUUUGAUGAUCACAAAUUGACUAGCAUGGCCUGUGACAAAUCUUCGUGUGACUCUAGCCAGAAGGGCUCCGAGAGCAGCUGUGGGCUACUUGAUCAUCAUGAUGAUCAUGAUCAGCAUAAUAAGGCGAAAAUCGACAACAAUAAUCCUCCAUUAUCAUUUCUUGAGAAGUGGUUGCUGGAUGAAAGUGCAGGUCAAGUUGAAGGAGUGAUGGAAAUCCCACCAAUAUUCUAGUGAGUUUUUUUUAAAAAAAAAAAAAAAAAAAAUUAAUCUUGUUCUAGGGUUCCAAAAAGUUGGAUUCUCUACUACUUAAUUUUUCUUAUAUUUUUUGCUUUUUGGGCUCUUGGCUUAACAAUUGUAACCUUGAUUAAUUAGGAAUUUUCACUUCGAAUAACGUACUUUUCUUUAA